UAGGAUAAGAGAUAAAUAAAAUAAAGGCAUCACAAUGCGAAGCUCAUAGCCUAUAAAUAAUACAUAGGAAAUAUACACAAAGACAUCUUGGUCUUCUUCCACAUCUGGUUCAUUUCUGGGGUCAUCUUUGUGCUUCGCGACGUCUAAAAGAUAUAAACUCAGGUUAUUGUAAUUUACGUACUAUCCUAAUUCUGUCCUAAUUACCCAAAUGGAGCGCCAAAAUCCCCAUGCCAUUAUUGUUCCCUACCCUCUGCAAGGCCACGUCAUACCCUCCGUCCACCUGGCAACUGACCUUGCCCAACGUGGCUUCACCGUCACCUUCAUCAACACGCAAGCCAUCCACCGCCAAAUCGCCAAAGCCCAUUCGCCUGCUGGCGAUGAUUUGUUUUCCGCCGUGCGGAAGUCGGGGUUGGACGUACGCUACCGAACCGUGUCGGAUGGACUACCGGUUGGAUUCGACCGGUCGCUGAAUCACGACCAGUUCAUGGAGUCGCUGUUGCAUGUGUUUUCGGCACACGUGGAGGAGGAGGUCGAGAGCAUUGUGAAAACUGCGUCGUCUGAAGGAGGAGGGCCGCCGGUGAGUUGUCUGAUAGCGGAUACGUUUUUUGUGUGGCCGUCGAAGGUUGCGAAGAAGUUUGAUCUGCUUUAUGUUUCGUUCUGGACCGAACCGGCGUUGGUUUUUACGCUCUAUUAUCACAUGAAUCUUCUCCGACAAAACCGCCAUUUUGCAUGCCCGGAUGUUCGAGAGGACGCCAUUGAUUACAUACCAGGAGUAAGCGCAAUCAAUCCACAGGACAUGAUGUCGUAUUUACAAGACACAGACACGACGUCGGUUUGCCACCGAAUCAUUUUCGCAGCGUUUGAGGAUGUUAGAGCUGCAGAUUUCGUGAUAUGCAACUCCGUACAUGAGCUCGAGAACGACACCGUUUCAGCCUUACAAGCCGAAACCCGGUUCUACACCAUCGGACCUAUUUUCCCACCUGGCUGCACCAAAACCUCCGUCGCAACCAGCCUCUGGCCCGAGUCCGAUUGUACCCACUGGCUCAACUCCAGACCCCACGGCUCGGUCCUCUACGUCUCGUGUGGAAGCUACGCCCACGUCACCAAAACGGACCUCGCAGAAAUAGCCCAUGGGCUUUCGAUGAGUGGGGUCCAUUUCAUAUGGGUGCUCCGACCGGAUAUUGUCAGCUCAACAGACACCGAUCCACUGCCGGUUGGUUACCGGAAGGAGGUUUCUGACCGUUCGAUGAUUGUGCCAUGGUGUCAUCAGAGACAAGUGCUGUCCCACCCGGCGAUCGGAGGGUUCUUAACUCACUGUGGAUGGAAUUCAAUUCUGGAAAGCAUUUGGUGUAAUGUUCCGCUGUUGUGCUUUCCUUUGCUUACGGAUCAGUUCACCAAUCGGAAACUGGUGGUGGAAGAUUGGAAGGUGGGGAUUAAUCUGAGAGAUGGACGGCAGAUAUCUAAGGAAAGGGUUUCGGAGAAGAUUAACCAUCUGAUGGAUGCUAAGUCUGGGAGUCAAUAUCGAGCUGCGGUUGGAGAAGUCAAGAAGGCAUUGGAAAAUGCAGUGAAGCCUAAUGGUUCAUCCCAUCAAUCUAUGAACCAAUUCAUAAAAGAUUUCAACGCGGCCAUUUCAGACAAAUUAGGGGACAAAAAGAUGCACAAAUCAAUGUCCAAUGGCUACUAAAUUUAGAGCAUUUCGGCCCCGAGGCCUGAAAUUGUCUUUCCUCCUCUUUCACUAGUGAGCGAUAGGUAAAGUUGUGUUAAUGGGGUCAUAGAUUGAACCCUCGAAUAUAAUGUAAUCCAAAGGCUAAAUUAAUAAACACAUCCUACAAACCGAA